AUGGAAUUCCCUCAACCGCCUAGUGAUAAUGAAACGAGAAAUAUUAUUGACAAACUGGCGCAAUUUGUUGCUAGGAAUGGGCCGGAGUUUGAAAUUAUGACAAAAUCUAAACAGGAAAAUAAUCCUAAGUUUGCCUUUUUGUAUGGAGGAGAACACUUUAAUUAUUAUCAGUACAAAGUGGCGGCGGAACAAGCAUUGUUAAAACAACAGCAGCCUAUGUUUAUGGGGCCACAGCAACAGCAGCAAAAUCCAAAUGUAAAUCAACCACCAGGAAAUAUCGCAGGCCUUCAACAAUGGCUUGCAGCAAAUAUAUCAACAGUACCAGGUGGAAAUGGUUCAGCUGGUCCCAAUGUUGCAAAUGUACCUAUACCUGGAACUAAUCCACCUAGUGCUCCGAUACCAGGAGUAGAACAUGUAUGUUUUUUAUAA